AGUCUUGUGGGAAACAGUAGUCGAGGAGAUCUCGGUCCGGGGUCGAUCGGGUUUCUGCGGGCUUAGCCUUAAUAGCGUGUGAUCGUCGAGUCAGAACACGAUCACGACGAUAAUCGUACGAUCGUCCAGUCAAGUCAGUCGAAGAGCAUGUCAGGGUCAGUGGUCGAUACAUACAUAAAGGCAGCUUCAACCCCAUCGCGGUACAUAAUCGAUCGUCUACAAUCUAGCUCACAAACCAGCCUUGCACGCGGCCAAGACCUCGACAAUUCAACAACAUACUUGAACGCUUGAACAAGAACGACCACAACAACAACAACACCUUUGCACACACCCAAAGGUCUAACACAGAUGGAAGCUAUGGAAGAACGAACCUCAUACGUCAAACCCGAAGAAGCGAGGAAGUUUGCUCAGGGAGUCUUGGAAGGGAAUGGGGUACCGCCGGGACAAGCGAGGGUUGUGGCUAGGUGUUUGGUAGAAGCGGAUUUGAGGGGGGUGGAUACGCAUGGUUGUAACCGCCUACCCUCGUACAUGGAACGCAUCCGGCAGGGAGUCCUCGAGCCAAACGUUCAGGUGCAGGUGGAACAGAUCACCCCGGUCGUCAGUCAGAUCGAUGGGAAGAACGGAUUCGGCUUCCUCACAGCCACCCUAGGUAUGGACUCGUGCAUCGACAUGGCAUCGACCUACGGGAUCGGCAUGUGUAGCAUAAAACACUCGAACCAUUUCGGGAUGAGCGCGAGUUUCGUACUCCAAGCGGCAAAGAGGGGGAUGAUGAGCUUGGUCUUUACGAAUUCUUCGCCGGCGUUACCCGUCUGGGGAGGGAUGUCCAAAUUGAUGGGAGUCUCGCCCAUCGCCUGCGGUGCACCGGGGAACGAACAGGGAGAAGGCCCUUCAGGGCAUUUUUGCCUGGACAUGGCUCCGUCCGUCGCAGCUCGUGGAAAGGUUUAUAAAGCGCUCAGAAGGGGGGAGAAGAUCCCGAUGGAUUGGGCUUUGGACAAGGAGGGCCGACCCACGGAUGAUCCAGCGGCGGCGUUGGAGGGAGUCAUGCUACCGAUGGGAGGGCCGAAGGGGAGCGCGCUGGCUAUCAUGAUGGACGUCUUCUCCGGGGUCCUCUCCGGCUCGGCGUUUGCGGGAGAAGUGACGGGGCCGUACGAUCCUUCAAAGCCGGCCGACGUCGGUCAUUUCUUGUUGGCCAUCAAGCCCGACCUGUUCAUGGACAUGGGCGAGUUCAAGGCGAGGUUGCAAUACCUGUACGACCGGGUCGUAGGGUCGGACAAGAUGCACGGGGUGGAGAGGAUUUAUUUCCCGGGAGAGUUGGAACAGAUCUGCGCCAAGAAACGCGAAGAAACUGGUAUCCCAUGGGUACAGGCUGAGAUUGAUGCGAUGAACGCAGAAGCAGAUCGAGUAGGAGCGCCUAGGAUCGUCGUUCAGGUCGACGAGUAACGAACGAGGGUAAAGGCGAGACGGUCUUCAAGCUCAAGCAAGCCGUCUGUCGAACGGGAACGCUCAGAAUCCACAAACCGGACAAAUAAGCAACAGCCGAAAGAUAGGGGUUGUGAACGCUGCCUCCGGAAUCGCAGGUCAUCUCGAAACACGACACCUAGCUUCGACUUUCGUACCACGGACAAAUAAUCGAUCUUUGACCUCUCGGAGGAUCGGUCGGAUAUCGAAUCGACGGAAUCUCUCUCCAAAUCUGUCUACGUAUCUGGUCCCGUUCCGUUGCAGAGAUAUCCGUUCCGUGCAAUCGCAACCUCGCACUGCUGGUGCCUGGAUUUAAUAUCGAGAGAGGACUCCGGGUCCGUCGUCCGACUUUUUGAUAUUCCAAUGGUCCUCUGGCUCCCUGUGUGCA